GCGCGCGCGGCCACGUGACUCGGGCCGAGGGGAUUGGAGCGGCGGCGGCGCGAGGCGGCAGACUGGUGCAGCGCCUGGAGCUCACGGCGGGAUCUCCUUCUCUUUCUCCUGGGAGCCUGGACCGUACCUUCUCCUCCGCCCGGCUAGUCGGCGCAGCCGCCGCAUCCCUACCUCCGCGGCGCCCCGAGGAGGAGGAGAAGACGCAGCUGGGCCGCCGCCGUUAGAGGGGUCCCCGGCUGCCUCUCACUCCGUCGGCGUCGCCUUCGGGGUCAAUCCGCCCGCGGUGUCUCCGCUUUCUCCUCCCGCUGCCGCCGGCGCCCGCUUACAGCCGCGAUGGGGCUCUUGGACUCGGAGCCGGGCAGUGUCCUUAACGUGGUGUCCACGGCGUUGAACGACACCGUGGAGUUCUACCGCUGGACCUGGUCCAUCACAGAUAAACGUGUGGAGAACUGGCCUCUGAUGCAGUCUCCAUGGCCUACACUUUGUAUAAGUACUUUUUAUCUCUUGUUCGUGUGGCUGGGUCCAAAAUGGAUGAAGGACCGAGAACCUUUCCAGAUGCGCUUAGUACUCAUUAUCUAUAAUUUUGGGAUGGUUUUGCUUAACCUUUUUAUCUUCAGAGAGUUAUUCAUGGGAUCAUAUAAUGCAGGAUAUAGCUAUAUUUGCCAGAGUGUGGAUUAUUCUGAUAAUGUUCAUGAAGUUAGGAUAGCUGCUGCUCUGUGGUGGUACUUUGUAUCUAAAGGGGUUGAGUAUUUGGACACCGUAUUUUUUAUCCUGAGGAAGAAAAACAACCAAGUCUCUUUCCUUCAUGUAUAUCAUCACUGUACAAUGUUUACACUGUGGUGGAUUGGAAUUAAGUGGGUCGCCGGGGGACAAGCAUUUUUUGGAGCACAGUUGAAUUCCUUCAUCCAUGUGAUUAUGUACUCAUACUAUGGGUUAACUGCAUUUGGCCCAUGGAUUCAGAAAUAUCUUUGGUGGAAAAGAUACUUGACCAUGUUGCAGCUGGUUCAGUUCCACGUGACCAUCGGGCACACAGCGCUCUCUCUGUACACUGAUUGCCCCUUCCCCAAAUGGAUGCACUGGGCUCUCAUUGCCUACGCAAUCAGCUUCAUAUUUCUCUUUCUUAACUUCUAUGUUCGGACAUACAAAGAGCCUAAGAAAGCAAAAGCUGGAAAAACAGCUGUGAAUGGUAUUUCAGCAAAUGGUGUGAGCAAAUCAGAGAAACAACUAGUAAUAGAAAAUGGAAAAAAGCAGAAAAAUGGAAAAGCAAAAGGAGAGUAAAUUGAACUGGGCCUUAACUGUUGUUGACAGUGAGGAAGCUCCCAUUUCAUAUAAAAUUUCAGGGAAAAAGAAGCAAAUGAGGGUUUGGGGUGGGGAGAAAAAGACAAAUGUGCUCUAUGUAUUAGUAACCUUUAGAUAGAGUAAAGUGUUAAAUACAAUAUCCGGAUGUUUUAUUUAUGAAGUUUUAUUUUAAACAUUUUUUUAUUAGCCUUGAUGUUGUCCAGACCAAAGCAAUCAUUAUGUGACUUGGGAGGCUCUCCCUCUGUUCACAUCUGUUGUCUAAUGCAUGAGAUUUUUCAUGUAUCUUAUAUACAGUCAUUCUUCAGUCUGAUGAUCACAGAAACACAGUAUGAAUUUUUUGGCUAAAUUAUUAUUGCCUACUGAUGAAAAUCAGUUAUCUAACAUUUUCUGGUCCAAAGCUGGAACUGUAGAUACUUUAAAAUUUGCACAUUUGGAUUCAUUUGCUGACUGGAAUGGUCGAAUCUCUCCACCUCUAGUCUGAAUAUACCCUGUUGGUUGUAAUUAAAUUAAAAAAACCUGAUGAUCUCUGUAGACUCUUAGAGGCUUGAUGAUGAUGGUGUUGGUGAAAAUAAAGAAGAAUUACAGUAAAAACCUGUCUAGCGACCCAAAGGUCACCAUGACUUGCGGCACAAAUCACUGUGGGAAACAAUUUUUGUGAUGAAAAGGCAGCCUUUUAAUACUCUUGUUACUAUCAGAAAUAUAUUAUGAAAAUUAAGUUUAUUGUCUGAUUGGAACAUGAAACAACUCAUGUCUUUAUUAGUAACAUCACAAAAGAGUUACACUUAUGUGCUGUUAGAAGAGAGUAUGUUGAUUUUUAUCAGGCUUUCCUUGUUUUGAUUUGUGGCUGUUACCGAUUUUUCAUAUGUGGAAAUAUACCUACCUCUUAUGUUGGAAAGAACAUUUAAAAUUAAAUAAAUUUUAAUUAAAAAA